AUGUCCGUAGCGAAAGAAGCUGAGCGGAGUCGACAAGAGCUUCUUGAAAAUCAAAGCUGUUUCCAUGAAGAAAGGGGAAAAAUGAAGCGUUCCAGCCAGCUAGAAAGUAGACAUCUGUCUGUAGUUGAUCAAGCAUGGACUAUGAACGAUAAUAAAAGAGCUAUCAUGUCUGCUUCGAUUUCUGAAGCAAGCGGCAGUGGAGAGGGAGAUUUAUCAAUUCAGAUGAACCCUAUCGACGACCAAAGCUUAGCGAAAUUGAGAGUGCAUCGAUGA